AUUGAACAACUGCAUCCAAAAGGAAAUUCCUCCCUCUUAUAACAAAGUUGUCUUGUCAACAUUGACAACAUAAUACUGCAACACUGAAAACCAUAUAAUAUACUGAAAGCUCCAUUCACCACCAUUUCAAUAGUACAAGAAAAAAACGCUGGACGUUGUGCGACGGCAACUCGGUCUUUGUUGAUCCCCUGGUUUGUGACCUCGAACAACCUCGAAUCUCCAACUGUCUAUAACGAAUAGAUCAGGUGGAGUUCUUACUCACUCCAGCCCAGACUUUACUUUUCAUUUUUGUCUUCUCUUUCAACGAUACCCCGCGGCUUUCGAUCUGCUUGUUCCCUUUCAGAAUCUUGCAUACAUUGUUCUUUAAGUUGUAAUUCUGCCUUCUCAUCAAAAUGGCUUCACAAAAUAGCAUUUACACACCAGGUCAAUUCAUGAACCCGGGACCCGCGCCUCGACCUCCUGCUGGCCCUCGACUAAAUUACACUCCUACUACCGCGAAUAUUCCAGGAAAUGUGUCUGCCCCUAACAUUUCCCAGUUAAGCAUCAAUUCUCCAAUCACCAGAACCGCCACAUCUACAUACUCUGGCUCGACCGUCUCUCUUCCUUUAGCUCGACAACAGACCAAUAUGGAUGGACAAGGAGGAGUCGCAGUGAUCAAGGAGGGAUGGGCUUCAGUCAAGGAAGGAAAGAACUUCAUCAGUCCUUGGAAGAAUAAGUGGCUUAUUCUUCGAAAGGAGGCACUCGAUUUUCAUAAGACUGAAGGUGGUAAAGUUGCCUAUCAAAUUGUACUCAAGGAUGUUCUUGGAGUUUCAAGAGUUGAGGCGGCGGGAACUAUCUUCGAAAUCAGGAGAACCAUGAACGGCUCAUCAAACAACCCAGGAGAUGAUGACAGUACUGGGAGGACUCUCCAGAUCAAAGUGAAGAGUGACGACGAUUUGUACGAAUGGAUUGACUUUAUCUACGCCCGUUGCCCUGGAAUGGGCGGUGUCAGCAACCCAACUAAUUUCAGUCAUUCCGUCCAUGUCGGUUUCGAUCCCAACACUGGAGAAUUUGUCGGACUGCCUGCAGAGUGGUCAAAAUUGCUGAACUCUUCAGCUAUCACCAAGGAAGAUUAUGAGAGAAACCCUCAGGCUGUUUUUGAAGUUCUGGAAUUUUACUCUGACAUCACCAAGCGUCAACAAAAUCCCCAGCAAUUUUCGAGUUUGACACCUACACCAUCUGUCGCUCAAAAUCAAAACAAGCAACUUGGUUAUAUGCCAGGUAAUUCUAUAGCACCCCCCAGGCCUCUUCAACCCCAGCAGCAGCCAAGCAACAAUGGUUACGGUUCGCCACAGCAGCAGCCGCAGCAACAACAAAGAAGACCCACACCCCCAGAGCAAAGUCAGCAGCGCAAUCAAAUGCAACAAAUGGCAUCAAACUAUGUUACUCCUGAUCAACGUGAGGAACAGAGACAGAUGCAACUGGCUGCGCAAAGACAGCGAGAAUUUGAGGUCGCCGAACAGAACCGACUGGAUAUGGAGAACUAUAACGCAUCAAUUCCUCAAACUCGCACGCCAAUGGCCAAACAGGAGAUUGGCGGCGGUGGUUAUUCGAGCAGUCCAUCCCAAGAUCGCUACAACCCGACUAGGGUGGCACCUUCUGCCCCUCGUCCACAGCAAGGACAACAAACCGCUGCUCAAAGACCAGCCCAGAGACAAGCUCCGUCUGCGCCAACCUCGAAUGGCCCAGCCAGACCACCACUUACCACUCAGCAAAGCUCUUCUUCUAUGAGGGACCAAAAUGAAUCCGAGAGACAAGAUCCUCGAUAUCAAAAUGGCCAAGCCUCAAAUGCGUCUCAGCCACAGCGACCCGUUCAGCAACAACAACAACCAGCGUCUAGGUUGCCUGCCCCAGUCAAGCCACUUAAUGUUGCACCAAAACCAGCUGCUAAUGGCGCUCAACAAAACGACGCGGUCAAGGCUGCAGAGGCUGCCCUUACCGCCAAGCCAGCCGCUUCUGAGCGUACAAAGGAUGUUAGAAUGUCAACCAUGUCGGAGAACGAAGUUAUGGCUAAAUUGAAGGAAGCUGUUUCUAAGGAUGACCCCAACCUUUCUUACUCCAAGCAGAAGAAAAUCGGUCAAGGUGCUUCAGGCUCUGUAUAUGUUGCGAAGGUCAAAGAAAACCCAGCAUCUCCUGUUGCUCGCGAAGUGUUGCGUCAACAAGGCAGUAAAGCUCAAGUCGCAAUUAAACAAAUGGAUUUGGCUCACCAACCGAGAAAGGAGUUGAUUGUAAAUGAGAUCAUGGUUAUGAAAGAUAGCAAGCAUCGCAACAUCGUCAAUUUCCUCGAUGCUUUCUUGAGAAACAACUAUACCGAACUCUGGGUAGUUAUGGAGUAUAUGGAGGGAGGUGCCUUGACCGACGUUAUUGACAACAACUCGAACAUUACUGAAGACCAAAUUUCCACCAUUUGCCUCGAGACUUGUCGUGGACUCGAGCAUCUUCAUGCACAAAGCAUUAUCCAUCGUGAUAUCAAGAGUGACAAUGUUCUGCUCGAUGCACGUGGUAAUGUCAAGAUCACCGAUUUCGGAUUCUGCGCCAAACUCACGGAAUCUAAAUCCAAGCGCGCCACCAUGGUUGGUACUCCUUACUGGAUGGCUCCUGAAGUUGUCAAGCAAAAGGAAUACGGACCAAAGGUUGAUAUAUGGUCUCUUGGUAUUAUGGCUAUUGAGAUGAUUGAAUCUGAACCCCCAUAUCUCAAUGAGGAGCCUCUUAAAGCUCUAUACUUGAUUGCCACAAAUGGAACCCCUCGUCUCAAGAAGCCUGAAAAGCUCAGCAAGGAACUCAAGGCUUUCUUAUCCGUUUGUCUUUGUGUCGAUAUCAGAAGCAGAGCAUCUGCAGAUGAACUGCUGAUGCACGACUUCUUGAAGCACGGUUGCGAUACUGCUAGCUUAGCUAACCUCCUACAUUUCCGAAAGAACGCCAAAUAAACAACCAAAACUUUACGAGAGUUUAUGAUACACGUUUACGAAAAGCGAGCAAUUGGUGGCAUUUCGAGUUCGUAUUUGGAAGCAGUUAAAGCUGGUUUAAUUUUAUUUUGCGACAUAACGCAGGUUACAUGAUGGGUUAUAUUGUGUGGUACCCAUACUAUACCAACAGCAUGAAUGCCCGGAGUUUCUGGGAGUUUCACAUUCUGUUUCCUUUGCGCGACAUAUCUAAGAUCUGAAUAAUCGUGGUCACAUGUCAAUGACAUUUUGGAGGCAUAUAAAAGCUGGGCUCAAAGGAACAAACUUCACGUUCUGCUUUGACCUACUUUGGCUUCUCGAUGAUCUUCCAGUUUGUGGAUAGCUAGGUAUCUUUGGGAUCUUUCGAAGGUAGGCCUCAAAAUGAGGAUAUACUUUACGGAAAGAUGGCCGGAAAGGGCAGUAAUAGGCGUCAGGCAGAUUAUUUGAAGAGAAAUAAGAAAAGUUCAAAA